AUGGUUGAUGCCCUCUCCAGCUUCUGUUGGCUGGUCCCGCUGAAGACUCUAGAAGCUCGUGAGCUUUUAAAAGCUAAGUUUGCUACUAUGAGUCGUGCUGAGAAGCGCGAGUGGUCUGUUCAUUUGGCCUAUGUCAACAGAUGUGUUAACUUGGCGCCUUUGGACAAUGGCUUGACGGCUUUUGAGACUUUUUUUCAACGUCCCUACUCUAGUAUUCUUGGUCGUAAGGUUGCAGCCGUUAAUGAUUUGGUUGUCGCCAAGAAUAUGUCUCUAGAGGACACUAAAGGUCGUGGCCAACUGAAGUCUUUCCAAGUUGCAAACUAUGUUCGUCGCUGCAACCCUGCUGUCAACGACCGUGUACGCUACAAGGUUGUGAGGGUUUACAAUCGUAGUGUUGAUUUACAGCGUGACGAUGAUCUCAAUGCUAACAUUGAUCGUGAGCAUGUGAGAAAUAUCGUUGCUGCCAAUGAGGACGAUAGUUGA